UUGACGCAGAGAGCGAGGCUCCCAAAUACACCUUUUUUCCGCUGAAGACCCCAAUUUGCUCAAUGUAUGUGCUUUCGGAGGAUCAGAAAGUGACGCAGGAUUAGAUGCAACAAUGGCGUUCAUCCGAAGAUGUCUCUGCUGUGACGUCAGGGUUGGAACAAUGGCGGUAGCUUGCUGGUCGAUGAUACUCAGCGUAGCCAGCGUUAUCCAAACCGUGCGAGCAAUAUCAGUAUUCUACGUGAAUAACCCCUUCGCUGCCCAAGCUACCGUGCUAGCGUGCUGGUGUGUCAUGAUCCUUCUCAACGCGUGUCUUGGCGUCACAGCAAUAGUUCUUGUGGUUGGCAUCUGUAAGAACAAGAAGCAGUUGUUUGUCCCCUUCAUGAUAGUCCAGGCCAUCUUAGCGGCUGUCUAUGCGGCUCUGGCAGUCAUUCUGUUUGUGACUCUUAGUCUUGAGACUAUAGUGUAUUUUAACUUCCUCUCCUUGACCGACCCGGGCGGCGUCUACAUGAUCAUCGUCUACUGGGUCAUGGCAGGACUAUUGACUGGUGGAGUAGGAAUUGAGGUCAUAUGCCUCCUGUGUGUCGUCUCGCAGUAUCAAGAACUAAGGGAUGGGCGUGGCCUCGGGCUUCCAGAGACUACCACGACCACGACUGUCAUUUUGGUUCCAAAAGGGUCUUACGUAAACCAGGGAGCGGACGUUGGCAUCGACGAGACCAGGCCAGGUCCAAGCACCGAGCCCGCCACUUCAUCGGCCAGUAGGCCUAAGUGUGCCGAGCCGGCCUGCGCUGGUGACGAGCAGCCCGUGGGCGUGCCGCCUCCCUCGAAGUCCAGACGCUGGUCAUCGUCGUCGUCCUCAGAACACGACAGUGACCACGACUGAAACAUCUACAUGGCUAUGUACAUUGUGUGAUGGGGCUGUCGGAAUCGAUUUGAUUCGGGUUGGGAUGGGGUUUUACUUUUAAGUAGUUUUACUUUCAAGUAUUUUCUACAUAAUAUAAUCAAAGCGUGGUGCUGUGAAACUGUCCAGUUUUUGAACACUCCAUAUAGUAUGGUUCACAUUUAUAGCAAGUUCGAGAGGAAAUAUUGCCCAAAGUGUCUCCUCCGAUAAAAUAAAUUUACCAGGAAGGAAGAGGAAAAGACUAAAAUUACCUCCAAAUUAAGCAACGUAUACGGAGCAAUUUUAUACCGCUGAAACAAAUAUCAACGUGUCAACAAAAAUUCUUGAAAUUGAGUGCGAUCAUGGAACAUUCUUCCUUAAGUUUUGUCUUGCAUCAGACACAAAGGGCAAUUUAACGACCGAAAGAGGCUCUUUAACGAAAUGUAGGCCUAGUAAACUUGCCACCAAAUUUCGUCAGUGGUGUAACCGUACCGUAGAAUGAAGUAUAUUGACCAACUGCUGUCGUCAUACUUCAUUAUGUAAAUGUUGAUAACUUUUUAAGGUAUUGGGCAAUGUCAGAAGAAAAGCAUAGUUUUGUAUGCCUGUGACAUUUUCAGUUUAAGGGCAACUAUUUGGGGGUCUUAUUUGUUCCUGCAAUUUGAUAUUGAAUAAAUAUAUAGCCCAAACAAU